AUGUCGAAGAGGACUGUUAAUAGUGAGGCAUUCAGAACCACCAUGCCUCAAGUGUGGAGGAUGGAAGGUUGGGUGAAAUUCAUAGAGAUAGGUAACCAAAGCUUCCUAAUAGAGUUUCAAAAACUUGAAGACAGAGAAAAGGUCCUUGGUGGCAGACCAUGGUUCUUCAAUAGAAGCUUGCUAACACUGCAAGAGGUUGAUGACACAGUUUCCAUCAACAGAGUACAGUUCCGCUACAAGUCAUUCUGGGUCCAACUAUACAACCUUCCACUGCCCAGCAUGAAUGAGGAAAUAGGGGCACAAUUUGCGGCCUCUAUAGGCCACGUCAUUCGAGUCAAAACAAAACUAGAUGGACUUGCAUGA